GGCAGCACGCAGCUAGACUAUUGAGCUAGACCCCAGUAAUGCAUCUGACAGUUUCGAAUUGUCAGGUGACAAAGACAUUUAGGGUCUAUUUCCUGUCCUGCGGUAUUUCUAUGUAAUUAUCUUUUUGUUUGUUCCAUUUUUAUUCACGGACCUUCUGUGUAUGUGAGUGUGUAGCUGAAAAGAUAUGGGCAGGAGCAGUAAGCCAUGGUAAUCAUCAAUUCAGUUCUCAAACUCCUGCAGCGACAGACUUAUACAUGUCUGUCCCAUCGCUAUGGACUCUACCUCUGUUUCGGAGGAAUAGUUCUUAUGAUCGUAUCCGCCUUUCAGUUCGGAGAGGUGGUUGUGGAGUGGAGCAGAGACCAGUACCAUGUACUCUUUGACUCUUAUAGGGAUAAUGUGGCAGGGAGAUCUUUCCAAACCAGGCUGUGUCUACCCAUGCCCAUCGACGUGGUGUACACCUGGGUGAACGGCACCGAUGCCGACCUGAUGAGGAACCUGAAGGCCGUCAGGGAGCGACUGGAGGAGGAGCAGAGGGCACUGCGAGAACGUCUGGGGAAGAAUGCCAGUGAACCCACAGAAGUUCCAAAGGAAGGAGAGCGUCUGGAGUGUCUGCUGUCCCACUGUAUCCUGGCGCCCAUCCUGGUCCUUGACCCGGCGUUGGCACCUAACGUCACGCUGAAGGAGAUACCCUCGCUCUCUCCCGCACUCUCCUCGGCCAAACAGCUUCUACCAGUGUCCAAGCCGCUCCACCCCUCCACCAGCGUGUCUGUGCUGGUCUUCCACUCUCAGAGCGAUGUGGAGAAGGCAUACGCUGAUGUGCCAAAGGAGCUCCCCAAACACUCUGUCUCCAGGGGAUACCUGACGACGGAUAAGGAGGCUCCUGGUCUGGUGCGUAUGCAGACGCUGGCCUACAUGAGUGGCUUCCCCGGCUCCUUUAAAGAGACGGAGCAACUCCGGGUCAAACUGCCCUCCGUGGUCACCUCCAAGAUGAAACAGUUGCAGCUAUACUCUGAGGCCAGUAUCGCCCUGUUGCAUCUGAACAGCGCUCAGGACUUCAGCGACUUGACCCAGCAGGCCAAGAAGAACCUGACUCUGGAUGGGAAAGAGCUGACCAUCAGCCCGGCCUACCUCUUCUGGGACCUCAGCGCCAUCACGCAGUCCAAGCAGGAUGAGGACGUUUCGGCGAGCCGCUUCGAGGAUAACGAAGAGCUCCGCUAUUCGCUGCGCUCCGUGGAGAAACACGCUCCCUGGGUGCGGCACAUCUUCAUCGUGACCAAUGGGCAGAUCCCGUCCUGGCUCAACCUGGACAACCCCCGCAUUUCUGUGGUUACACAUCAGGACAUCUUCCAGAACCAGAGCCACCUCCCCACCUUCAGUUCUCCUUCCAUCGAGACGCACCUCCACCGCAUCCCUGGCCUCUCGCAGAAGUUCAUCUACCUCAAUGACGACGUCAUGUUCGGGAAGGACGUCUGGCCCGACGACUUCUACAGCCACUCCAAGGGACAGAAGGUGUAUCUGACGUGGCCAGUUCCUAACUGUGCUGAGGGUUGCCCUGGCUCCUGGAUCAAAGAUGGCUACUGCGACAAAGCCUGCAACAACUCCGCAUGCGACUGGGACGGCGGGGACUGUCUGGGCACAGGCAGCAACAGCCGGUUCGUGGCGGGUGUGCCGGUGGGCCCGGGGGGUGCGGUCGCUGGGCAGCCCUGGCAGUUCCCCGGUGGGCUGGGUGGCAUCGGCGGGGUCACCUUCUGCAACCAGGGCUGCGCCAACUCCUGGCUGGCUGACAAAUUCUGCGACCAGGCCUGCAACGUGCUGUCCUGCAGCUUCGACGUGGGGGACUGCGGAGAAGAUCACUUUGAUGAGCUGUAUCGUGUUAACCUCAUGAGGAACCAGACACACUACUCUCUUCCCCAGGGGGAGAUCCGACCCUACUUUAGCUUCUCUGGACUGGCUCACCGCGUGUCUGAGGCCCAGGUGGGUGAUAACGUGGUGGUCCGCCACACCAGCGUGGCCAACAAGUGGAAGACCAUCCACCUGCUGCUGUUCCCCGGUCACAACGCUACACAGGUCCACUACAACAUCACCUUCCAGACCUCCGACGACAGCCACUUCGCCAUGGCUUUCUCCGUCUCCGUGGAUACGCGCGAGAUUCCCCGCGUCAACACUUCCGAAAGCGCGCGCGGCGGUGGCGGCAGCGACGAGAAGGCCAAGGAGGCCAAGCCCACCGCCCCGACUCCUGAGCCCGACGUGCAGUUUUCCGACAUCCCGGAGGACAAACGGGGUCCUAAAAUCAGGAAGAAGCCGGUCAGCCAGCCAGAGGUGGCUGUGGAGGUGCCUGCGCUAAAUAUCUCCCUCUUGCCAGUGGAAGUUCGGUACGAGCUUCACCUCCUGCAGGAGAAGCUGGACACUGGGGACAUCACUAUGAAGGGUUAUAACCUCACUAAGUCAACCCUCCUGGCGUCGUUCAAGGACCAGCCUCAGUACGCUCUCCAUGGCAACGGUGACAUCCCAGAACCCGCGCAGUCUGACGGCAAGCCACAGAGCAAACCCUAUAAAGACAUGGAGCCGGAGGAGAGAGAGGGCGGAGGAGAGGCGGAGAGGAAGGAUGAGCAGGAGGAGGAGAAGAAAGAAAGAGUGAAGAGAAACGAAGGAGAGGCGAAGGAGGGAACAGAGGAAGAGGAGGAAGAGAAGAGGAAGAGGGCAGGAGAAGGGGACAAAGAGACAGAGAAGAAACCUCAGGUGACCCUUGUUCCUAUUCCAAUCGAUGACAAGCCUCCAGACCGCUUAGUGGAAGGUGAGCGGUUGCCCACAGAGAAGCCACUGACAUCCAAACUGCUCAGCACUCUGAUGGGUUCCGUCGCUAAAGGGAAGGGAGAGCUGGGGAGAGAGGCGGCGGGAGACCAGGGUCCCCCCAUCGGCAGGAGGCUCCAGCACUAUGUCAACUCUGACCGAGGAUUCCUGCCGUGGGAGAGGAGGAAGUACUUCCAGGACCUGCUGGAGGAAGGGGAACGUCUGGAGGCGGAGCUGCAGUACGCUACAGACAGCGAUGCCAUCGGUCGGAAGCUGCAGGACACCUUCGCUGACUCCCUGCGCUACGUCAACAAGCUCCUGAAUGGCCAGUUUGGCUUUACAUCACGCAAAGUGCCCGCCCACAUGCCCCACAUGAUUGACCGGCUCAUCAUGCAGGAACUCCAAGAUGUCUUCCCUAAGGAGUUUGAUAAGACGUCGUCUCACCGCGUGCGUCACUCCGAGGACAUGCAGUUCGCCUUCUCCUACUUCUACUUCCUCAUGAGCGCCCUGCAGCACCUCAACGUCUCGCAGGUGUUCGACGAGAUCGACACCGACCACUCCGGCGUGCUGUCCGACCGCGAGAUCCGCACGCUGGCCACGCGCAUCCACGAGCUGCCCCUCAGCCUGCAGGACCUGACUGGUCUGGAACAGAUGCUGAUUAACUGCUCUAAGACCCUCCCCACAAACCUGACAGGCCUGCACCAGAUCAGCCCUACCCAGGAGGCAUACUACGACCCCAGCAUGCCUCCAGUCACCAAAGGCCUGGUGGUUAACUGCAAGCCCAUCACAGAGCGCAUCCACAAGGCCUUCAGGGACCAGAACAAGUACAAGUUCGAGAUCAUGGGCGAGGAGGAGAUUGCCUUUAAGAUGGUGCGCACUAACGUGUCUCACGUGGUGGGACAGCUGGACGAUAUCAGGAAGAACCCAAGGAAGUUCAUCUGUCUGAAUGACAACAUUGACCACAGCCAUAAGGACGCGGGGACUGUGAAGGCCGUCUUGAGGGACUUCUACGAGUCCAUGUUCCCUCUGCCCUCCCAGUUUGAGCUGCCCAGGGAGUACCGCAACCGCUUCCUCCACAUGCGUGAGCUACAGGAAUGGCGUGUGUACAGGGACAAACUGAAGUUCUGGACCCACUGUGUGUUGGUGACACUGGUCGUCUUCACCGUCAUGUCCUUCUUUGCUGAACAGUUGAUCCUCCUGAAGCGGCGCCUCUUCCCCAGACGACGGGUCAGCAAGGAAUCCACCUCGGAGCGUGUGUGAGGAGGUCACGGAGGAGAAAAGAACCACUUCUCCUUUUUCAUCUCUCCUCCCCUCAUCCUUCCCUUCCUUCCUCCCUCUCUGGCUCACUCCUCUCUCUCUCUCUCUCUCUCUCUCUCUCUCUCUCUGUGUCUUAAGAGAGGGGGAUUAGCUGGGUGAGGUUGGAGCAGGGGUCAGGUUUUUGAACGGAGUGAGGCGUGGACUUCAAAGGGCUUCUCCUCCAAGCCCUGAAGCGUAAAGACAUACAAGGUGACCUACACAGUAAUGGCAAGAAACAUGGUCUUCCCAGACUGCUGGGAUGCUGCAUGAAAAGGGGACGCGGGAAAGAAAUAUAUGAAUGAAUCAGCAACUGGAGAAAUCUUGACAUCAAAGUGGUAACCAGGAUUUACUGAGACACUAUGAUUCCAGUCCACCAGGGGGCACUAAUGAGACUCCAGUGAGCAAUACACACUCCCCCACCCCUAGUCUGUCGGUCUACUGUGUCGUUGUGAUCAAGAUGUUGGUGUCCUGUCCACCACACACUCAAGACAUCAACACUGGACACUGAAAUAGUAUUUCUUGUGAAUUGUUGGUUUCAUAUCAGUUAGAUGCUUACAACUGAACCCUGAUUUUGUGAAUGAGGAUCUUGGUCUCUGCCUCGUUUUGUAAGGCUUGAUUAUAUUAUAUUAGAAUGAUUAUUUUAAAUACAAAAGGCAGAGUGUGAGAACAUCUUGGUGGCUCACUGCAGGGUUUUUUUUAUUGUGUGUUUGUUGGUGCUUUUGUUUUGUUUGUUCUCUCGGACAUGAGUUUGUUUUGGCUGUUGCUUCAACCUAUCGUUUUCUUCUCAACAUUCCAGAAGAAGUGCCUUUUUGUAGACACAGACUAUUAGGCCGAUGCACUUUCUCUUACUCUCGAGUUGUGCUAAUAGGCCUGAUUUGUCGUGUAUAUGGUCCCUGCUUUGUUGAACAGGAACUGUGAGAUUGACUUCAAUGCUGGUCUUGAGGUUGUCAAAUCUUCCUCAAAUUCACACUUUGUAAGCAUCUGGGUUUUGAAAAAGAAAAGCACAUGAUUUGAAUGUUCCUGACAGAAAGGACAUGAUUUAAAACAAAACUCUCCCCUUCCUGAUUGCAAUGAUAUCAUAAAAGGCUACCAUAGUGACAGGGGUCAUAUGGGAGCUGAAGAGCUCAAGUCUAACAUUUUCUGUGUCUGUUUACUUUCACAACUAAUACAGUGUACAUAGAUACAGUCCAACAUAUUAAGAUCAUAUCUAUUUCUGAUGCUUUGGAAAUGUGAGAUUUGUCACAGGACAGCGUUUGUUUGAGCUUAUCAAAAACCUGCAUGUUUUGCAAGAGUUAAGCCCACCAAGAGGCUGUUUGUAUGCACGUGUAUGUGUGUGUGUGUGUGUGUUUGUUUGUGUGAGUGAGAGACAGAGAGAGCUUUUCUCUCAGGGAACUUAAUGAUAACAAAUUGCUUGUAUCUGAAAUUCAGAUUUCUACAGCUUGGGACUUAUCAGUGACUAAUGAUUUGUUCUGUGGAUUAAGUUUAUAAUAAUGUAAUGUGAUGGAUGUCAGGCUUUCUGUGUUAAGUUCGUGCCAUAAAAACCUUCAAGAGUGUAUUUUAAAUGUAUGGAUUGACCACACAAAUAUCCUUGAACUGACAACUGUCCACAAGUAAUAGCAUGGUCAAUGAUGCCCUGUUUGCCAAUCAGUUUUAACCAGUAAGAUGAAAACCUGAAAUUCGCUGGAAUUAAAAAGUAAAAUUGUAUUAAAAUA